CAGUAUCCCCCAUACAGACUCGCACUACACAAUCCGGUUAAAAUAGGCAUAUUCUCUGUUUCUCUCGUUUUCCCCUCUCUCUCUCUCUCUCUCUCUCUGUGUUUGUGUUUUGUUUCUUUUAUAUAUAUAUAUAUAUCCGUUACAGGAUUUCUCACCCUUCUUUUUCUUUCCCAUCGUUUCCAACGUGAGAGAGAGAGAGAGAGAGAGAGUCCGGGAAAAUUUGAGUCCAUUUUUCCAGGAAAAUCGUUGUGGAGGAGGGAUGGAUCUGUGGGCCGUGCACGUCAAGAACUCCACCCAAACCCCUCUCUUGCUCAGAAGCUCGUUUCCCAAGAAACCCAUUUCCUCUUGCCUCGGAAGAAAAGCCAAUUCCUCUUGCAGAGUUGAGGAUUGCGGGGUCUUUGAGAUCAGGGUUUUGAGGAGGCGCAGGGCUUGCUCUUCUUCUUUGGUUGUCAGAGCUAUGGCGAAGAAGAAUCACGAUAAUUCCGGAAAUGGUGAUCGAUCUAUUCCAGAAGGAGAUGGCAUGAAAAAGAAUAAUUCUUCUGAUGGAAACAAAUCCAAUGAUACUGCUUCCAACAAAUCUCAACGUAUAAAAUUGGACUGGAGAGAGUUCAGAGCUAAUCUAUUUGCUCGGGAGCAGGCAGAAAAGGUAGAGACUGAUACUCACAACGAGGGCGUGAAACCCCACGAGUCCAAAUCGCUUGGCCUUAAAUGGGCUCAUCCUAUUCCAGUACCUGAGACUGGCUGUGUCCUUGUUGCCACAGAAAAACUUGAUGGAGUCCGAACCUUUGAAAGAACUGUUGUUCUCCUUCUCAGAUCUGGAACCAGACACCCACAAGAAGGCCCAUUUGGUGUUGUCAUCAACCGCCCUCUUCACAAAAAGAUUAAACACAUGAAACCCACUAAUCUUGAUCUUGCAACCACUUUUUCUGAUUGUUCAUUGCAUUUUGGCGGGCCUCUUGAAGCGAGCAUGUUCUUGUUGAAAACCGGGGAAAAACCAAAGCUUCCUGGGUUUGAAGAGGUGAUCCCUGGCCUGUGCUUUGGUGCUCGAAACAGUUUGGAUGAGGCUGCAGGGCUGGUAAAGAAGGGUGUUCUUAAGCCUCAGGAUUUCAGAUUCUUUGUUGGUUAUGCCGGCUGGCAACUGGAUCAAUUGAGGGACGAGAUUGAAUCCGAUUACUGGUAUGUGGCGGCUUGCAGCUCAAAUUUGAUUAGUGGGGGUUUAUCAGACUCUUCAUCAGAGGGUUUGUGGGAGGAGAUUUUGCAGCUAAUGGGUGGUCACUACUCAGAAUUGAGCCGGAAGCCUAAGCAAGAUAUGUAGUUAUUAGAUGAGCCUAUGGAUAUGCUUACUAAAUAAAAACCAAAACCCAUCCAACAGUUGAAGCGGAUCAUGCAAUCGAAGUACAAGUAAAGCCAAUUGUACAGAAAGCUCUCUGGCAUCUGAUCAGUAGAUCUUCCUUGUGUUUCUUUACGCUUUUUCUUUUCUUUGUUUUAUUUAAUUUUAUUUCUAAUCAGAGAACCUUGAAAUAUAUGGUUUUGUAUGUAAUGACACUCUUUAGGUUACGCCUUUGAUAAGAAGUUAAGCAAUUAGAAAUCGCAUUUUUAUA